CAAAAUCAGGCCCGGCACUUGGCAUCAAACCAGCGUUCACAAGGUCACGCCAUUCCUCUUCUUCGCCAGCGCCAGCGCCGGCGCCGGCGCCGUCGUACCCUUCCGUGCAGCGACCCCAGAGGAGCUCUCUUCCCUCGUGGUCGUCGCGUACCCGCCCCCACCCUCACCUACCGCUGUUGGAUCGGCGUGGGGUUGAGAUCCAUCUGGACUCGGGAUUAAUAUCUUCCGUCGUUCGAUUAGGCUCUUCUUCUUCAGCGCGCACAAGAUCGAUCUCAGUUGACGCCGCAGGAGUUGUGAAUCAAGGUGCGGGUGCAGUCUAUUUUCCGAAAGAAAUUGGGGGUUCAGCUGUGCCCCCAUGCCCACGCUAAGGCUGCCACUGAGUGCCUGUUCAUGAUUCAGGCAAUGGCAUCACAGACUGGAGGUGGCUGGGGCGGCGACGGCGGUUCAGCGCAGCACGGGCAGGUGCAGGGCUUGGCAAGACAAGGAUCUCUAUACAACCUUACCCUCAAUGAGGUGCAGAGCCAUUUGGGAGAGCCCUUGCUUAGUAUGAACUUCGAUGAGCUCCUGAAGAGCGUGUUUCCUGAUGGUGUAGACCCCGAUUACGCCUUCACAGGUAAGCCUGAGCUGACCUCGGGCUUGCAGCGACAGGGGAGCAUCACGAUGCCUCCGCAGCUGAGCAAGAAGACUGUUGAUGAGGUGUGGAAGGGCAUCCAGGAUGGACCAGCGAUCAGUGCCAAGGAGAGUGGUCAGCGGAAGCAGGAGAGGCAGCCGACGCUUGGGGAGAUGACACUUGAGGACUUCCUGGUCAAAGCUGGGGUUGUUACGGAAAUGAAGGAUUCGGAUGAUUUGCCAAGCAAUAUGGAUACAGUUAGGAGCAGUGUUGUUGCAGCUGUUACUUCCAGUUUGAACCCUGGAGCACAGUGGUUGCAGCAGUAUCAGCAGCAAGCUUUGGAGCCCCAGCAGCCAAGUUUGGCGGGUCCAUACUUGGCUAGUCAUUUGCCCCCCCAGCCAUUGUCUGUUGCUACAGGUGCUAUUUUGGAUUCAAUUUACUCCGAUGACCAGAUUACUUCACCAAUACUCGGUGCACUUUCAGACCCUCAAACACCUGGGCGCAAGCGUGGUGCCUCAGGGGAGGUGGUGGAUAAGGUGAUCGAAAGAAGGCAGAAGAGGAUGAUAAAAAAUAGGGAAUCAGCUGCACGAUCAAGAGCAAGAAAGCAGGCUUACACUAAUGAGCUUGAAAACAAGGUAUCUCGUCUAGAAGAGGAGAACGAUAGGCUAAAGAAACAGAAGCCUACCACAAUAAGAUUGCAAUUUGCAAUGCUCCUUACUCUUGUGGUGAUGCAUCAAUUUUUGGCAGCACGAAGUAAUUGAGCUACAUGCUGCUCAUGUUCUUGAGAUUGGGAGUUGGAUGAGAUACUGAGCUCCACACCUACUCCCGAAUCCAAGUAUCAACUCAGGAGAACAGCUUCAGCCAUCUUUUGAUGGUGGCAAUGUCCAUAGUAAUUUUUGUACAUCAGUGUAUGUAGAUCAGUAGCAGCCCUUAGCAUGUUCCAGCUUAUCGUUUCCGAGGCUUUCGUCGGUAUGUAAAUCUGCUAGGCACAUAUUUAAGCUAUGAGAUCUUCCUUAUACAUGAAAUUAUUCCCAUGCC